AACCUCACCACAGUUCGCUGCCGCAGCUGUUGUGGCGCACAGUGAGCGGUGAGGUGCGCUCUUUUUUCUGGGGUGACUAUGUGGAGUCUGGCAAAGGCUUUCUCACACUGAUCGAUAAGCGAGCCCGUUUCUCUCCGGCAAAAAAAAAAAACAUAAAAACGGAAUGUUGUCACUCUCUCUCUCAGCAAGGUCGGUUUCCACAGAGCUGUGAAGACACCGCUCAUUUACCAUGAGCUGUUUGGAUGUUAUGUACCCAGCCUAUGGACAUUACGCACCGUACGCACCGACUGCUCCUGCUUUUAUCAGUAGCUUACAGGCUCCCACAGGUUUGAGCAGCACUUCUCCUCUCUGCCGGGAUUUUAUGGACACUCCCAGGGGCCCCGAGGGGAUGUCUGGGGGCCCAGGCACUGGAGGAUCAACUUCCUCUUCAUCUUCAUCCAGCUCUUCCUCUUCCUCCUACACGCCAGCGGCUUUACGGCCAGAGGAGGGCCCCAAGGAGAAGCAGGAGGCCCCUGAGGCAGAGUACCUGACUUCUCGCUGUGUGCUCUUCACCUACUACCAGGGAGACAUCAGCAGCGUGGUGGACGAGCACUUCUCCAGGGCACUGAGCUCCUACAUGGAUGGGGAAGGCAAACGGCGGGCGGCAGACCAACAGGGCACAGAAACCCCUUCACCUAGCAGUCGACGAAGCUUCCCCCCAUCUUUCUGGGACAGUAACUACUCAUCACCUCAGAGCCGCCCGCACUGUGAGACGGGUGCGCCUUCCUAUUCCAUGGACCCAUACGCAUCAGCGUUGCACCCAGGCCUGCCACAUCCACACCCUCAUCCUCACCCACACGCUCAUCCUCACUCCCACCCUCACCCACCAGAGAGCUGGGGAUAUCCCCAGGCCCAAGCCUACGGCCACCCGCGGCCUCUCCACGAACUGUAUUCACCGUCAGCUUUGGAGCCCCACUACGGGCCCCUGCUCAUGCCCACGGUGAGGCCACCUCAUCUCGCUACCUUGCCAAGCCACUAUGAAGUGAGCAAGCUGGAGCCCACCGCGUCCUGGCCCGGCCUGCUUCCACCAGGAGACGUCAGCCAGACGCUGGCGCUUAACAUGGAUGCAGGCCUCCAGCAGCACAAGAAAGGCAAGGAGCUGUACUGGUUCUAACGAGCCCUUCAGUCACAUUGACCAGCCAUUACCAGAUCCAAUUAGUCCCUGGACCUGCUCCGCUAUUGAAGCAGCGUGUCCCUUUAUCCCCCCCACACACACUCCAUCCCCAUCUAUCCAUCCCCUUCUCUCUGCUCCCGGCCUCCCCUGCCAGUAUACAGCCUUGCUCCAGGUCGACGUGUGUGCACCAUGGAGAUAAAGCAGGGGAGAGAGGGAAAGAGGCAGAGAGGGAGAGAGUGUCGCUGUCUAUAAUCUGUGCUGCUGCUCUGUCCUUUCGCAUCUCUCUUCCACUCUCUCUCCUGACGCUGCCGGUGCAGCACAGACCUUGGCAAGGUGUGAGCCACAGUGACCUGCUUGGACUGAGAAAGACAGGAUCACAACAGACUGUUGCAGAGGACAGAGAGAUAGAGGGAUGAAUGGGGGGACAGGGCGAUGAAUAGCGGCAAGCAGGGAUUCCCUCCAACGUCCCUGGUUAUCUCUGUCUCAUGCUCUUUGUUGGUACAGUGGUUGUCAUCAUCCACUUAUCUACAUUUCACAAAUGCAACAUGCAGCGAUAAACAGGAGCAGCAAUUAUGGCGGUUUAUGCUUUGUGACUGUCAUCAUGACGCCUUUUUUUUGGGGUUGUUAUUAUAUGAUUUCGCUCUCUGAAAUAAAGUGUAUCUAUUUAUUGGUGUUUGUUUAGGCCAGUGUUCUGAAAUGAUUGUGAUUCAGUUUAUUGAGUUUUCUAAAGGGAGAAGCAGAGGAGAUGACCACACCAUGUGACUGUCUCAUCUAUCCACGCCCAUGUGGUCAUCUCUCAAAAACAUAUCAAAAAUGUGUUCAGUUCAACACGUAUUUGUUUUAUUUGAACGCACUCACAGAUUGUGUUCUUUCAAUUUGACGACGAUGAUGUUCCAUUUUAGGUCUCUGUGUCAUUCAUAGAUGUUUUGAAUUUGGUCGCUCUGAAUAUUUCUGGUAUUUUUUUGUGUGUGUGUCAUUUCUCAUUUUUGUGUCAAUAAAUGUUUUUAUGGUAAA